AUGAAUGUGAAUCUACUGGUAUGCAGGUAUUAGCAUGCAGGGAUAGAAAAGGUAGAUAAGAAACAAUUGAUUUGAGAGUUAGUAAGGUGUGGUUAUUCCAGGAAGUGAACAAUUCACAGUCGACAUUGAUGAAUGGGCAACAUAUGAUAUGCACUUAAGAAUGAACUGUUCUGAAAUGUACGGGGGUCAGUCGUAUGAUUGCAAGGUAUCUAUCUCAAGAAAAGAAAUAUAGUUUAGUGUAUUCAGACGAACAUGAGUAGGUGUGAAGUGAUUGUAAGAGAUAAUGAUGGAAUCUGGACACCCAAAACUUCAAAAACAGAAUCGACUGAAAGAGCUGACUUCAUAAAUCAUUUUUCUGAACCUCCUUCUUUGCAGCAUAUUGCAGUAGUGUCGAUUGCAAUUGGGCUAUGGAUGGCGCCUGAUAUAAGGAAUGAAAUGUCGUCUUCUUUCUUAUCUUCUUUCUCAAACUAUAGCAGAGAUAGGGCUGAGUUGGAGACAAGAAUAUUAAACAAAUUGUCCAAUAGCUCUUUGCCCUCAUCGCUGAAGACUGAAAUCUCAUACGUUAUUCGACCCAUUAAAUUUGUCAGGAUCUGA